AUGUAUAGCUUUCUUUUUCAAAAUCAUUAUCAUAUUUUCUUUCUUUCUUUCUUUCUUUCUUUGUACCCUUACUUAUUUGAUUCUUUCUUUUCCCUAUCUUUCUUGAAAUCGUUUUGUUUUUCUUUCUUUUUUGUGUGUUACCUUUUUAUUCUUUCCUUCUUUCUUUUUACAUUUCUGACUUUACUUAUUUUUUCUUUCUUUGAAAUAUUGCCGAUCUUACUGCAUAUUUCUUUUUUUCUUUGUUUCUUUUACGUAUCUGUUUUUAAAACAUUUUAUUUUCCCUUUUUUAUUUGUGCUAUUUCAUUCUUUCUUUCUUUCUUUCUUGGUUUCUUUCUUUCUUUCCUUCGUAGCUUGAAGUCAUCAUUUAUCAUCAUUAACCUUCGUUCUUUCAAUCUAACAUUUACGAUUUUUAAAUUAUUUCUCUGCUUUAUUCUUUUGUCUUUCUGUUUCUUGCCAUUCCGUCUUUCUUUUUUUUUUUUUUCUUUCUUUCUUUCUUACUUUUUUCUGUUCUUUUCUGGUUUAUUUUCUUAUUUCUUUCUUUUAAAUAUCAUUCAUAAAAUCCUUUUAUUUCAUUCUUUUAUUCUUAAUUUUCCUUUCUUUUUCUUUCUUUCUUUCUUUCUUUCUUUCUUUCUUUCUUUUGCUUUGAUGUUCAUUUCCCAUUUCUUCUCAUUCUCUGUUAUUCUUUUCUUUCUUUCUUUCUUUCUUUUCUUUCUUUCUUUCUUUCUCCACUUCUUUCUAUCUUUCUUUCUUUUUUCCUUUGUUUCUUUCUUUUUUUCUUUCUUUUUUCCUUACUUUCUAUAUUUCUUCCUUUCUUUCUUUCUUUCUUUAUUCUCCCUCUUUCUUUCUUUCUUUCUUUGUUCCCCCUCUUUCUUUCACCCUUUCUUUCUUUAUUCCCCUCUUUCACCCUUUCUUUCUACCUUUCUUUCUUUUUUUUCCUUACUUUCUAUCUUCCUUUCUUUCUUUCUUUAUUCCCCUCUUUCACCCUUUCUUUCUUUACAUGCUUAUUUAUUCUACCUUGUUUCUACAUCCUUAUUUUUUCCGCAAUUUAUUGCAAGCAGCUAUGGGAUCAAAGCAAAUAAUUAUAUAUUCCUGUUGUAUGUAAUUUAUUUAAUCAAUGUUAUAAUAAAAAUAAUAUAUAUCUAUCUAUCUAUCUAUCUAUCUGUCUCAGUCUGUUUCUAUCUAUCUAUCUCAGUCUGUUUCUAUCUAUCUAUCUAUCUCAGUCUGUUUCUAUCUAUCUAUCUAUCAAUCUAUCUAUCUCAUUCUCUUUCUAUCUAUCUAUCUCACUAUCUAUCUCAGUCUGUUUCUAUCUAUCUAUCUCAGUCUGUUUCUAUCUAUCUAUCUCAGUCUGUUUCUAUCUAUCUAUCUAUCUAUCUAUCUAUCUAUCUAUCUAUCUAUCUAUCUAUCUAUCUUCCCACUGCAAAUUAA